AUGAACAUCCACGAGCUUCCAAUUAUUUCAGAGGUGUAUGGAGAAGGCGGGGCUGGAAAAAACUCUUUUUGCUUCUAUGUCAGCAGAAAUAUAACCUCUCUGUGGAUAGAGGCAUACCCGAGACUGAGCACAAAAAGAGCUGAUUCUUUGCGUCUGGACCUAGAAAGCAUAUACGUGUGCGGAGUAAAGAACAUACACGUGCUUAUAUGCAUGCUGAAGGCAGGGGAAAUACAAAGCUUCAUAAAGGACCAUGGGGUUGAGCUUGUGGUGGUGAAUAGAAUAGAGGACUUGGAGGAGCCAUGCGCCAAAGGCACAAAGAACUACGAAGAGGUGGCGAAGUGUCUUAAGCGCCUCUACCACACGCACAAAGUGAAAACAAUCAUAGUGUCGGAAACGCCUAGCUUAGACUCAGUGGCGACCCGCGGCAGAAUGUGCACAGAAGGCGGGCAGGAGGUGCACCGGAUGCUUGACCAAAAGCUGUGCAGCUAUUUGGUGCUGCAGAAGUAUCUCAAGAAAGCCAUUCCUGUUUCUUCUAUACAGAGCGUGUCCUGGGAGUACUGCAUGCCAACCAAAAUCUGCAUACAAAGAACCCCGGAGGCUGGUGUCCGGAGCGUAAAAAUUGUAAAGCCAGACAUCCCGGGAAUGCCUGAGUAUGUGAUGCGUAUUCGCGAUGGAUCAAUAGAUCUAGAAAAAAUCAAUUGA